GUCGUCAUGCCGUUGAUGUGUGAUCGUUUGCCGAUCGCGUCCGCGCGCGCACACACUUUAAACCGGAUCGACGAUCAGCAACGACGACGGACGAAGACGCCGAGUGCCGAAACCGGACCUUCUGGUGCAGAGAGCCCAAACGCAACCGCUAGUACCGUACGAAGAUUCUUAGCGGAAUGGUGAUUUUGAGGGGCCUUUCGCCGACGUUGUUGACGUUGUUUUGGCUCGCAGCGACGAGUCAUGCUGCCAGCUUGUUCGACAGCUGUACGGAUGGGGCUGGAGUGCGUGGAGUCUGCCUGGCGGUCAGAGAUUGCGAUACGGCCGGAGCCAUGCUGCGGCGCGGGAAUUUGUCCAACCAGGAGCGCGAAUAUUUGAAGAAGUCGGAAUGUGGUAUGAACGCGGGGGCAAGAAUGGUGUGCUGCCCUCUGCCAAGGUCGCUGAAGGCGCGCUUCGCAGCUCCGGCCACGCUGCCACCCGUUGGCGUUUGCGGCAAGGACACUAGCGAUCGAAUCGUGGGCGGCGAAAUAACCAAACCGGAUGACUUCCCCUGGCUGGCGAGGAUUCAAUACUUCAAACCCAACCGACGCUUUGGAUUCCAUUGUGGUGGCGUGCUCAUCAACGAGCGAUAUGUUCUCACAGCUGCCCAUUGCAUUCACAGCGUUCCAUCUUCGUGGACACUUUACAAGGUGCGCCUUGGCGAGUACGACACCCAGACGGACAAUGACUGCAACUACUACGAACCGGAAGACUGCAUUGAGCCCCAUCAGGACGUCCUAAUUGCAUCGUACUACAUCCACGAGGACUACUUCCAGGAGAACGGAGCCGACUACAACGAUAUUGCGCUGAUACGCCUGGCCCUACCGGUAACCUACACUGCCUUCAUCCAGCCGAUCUGUCUACCGGUAACGGAGGAUCAGAAGCGGUUGCCCACGGAAGGAUCCCGCAUGAUGGUGGCUGGAUGGGGUCAAACGGAGACCAAGAGCGCAAGCCAGUACAAGAUGUUCCUGGAGGUACCCGGGUGGGCCAACGACAAGUGCCGGGACGCUUUCUCGUCCGUCAGCGUGGACAUUAUCGAGACACAGCUGUGCGCCGGAGGAGAAGCCGGUAAGGACUCCUGUCGAGGCGACUCCGGUGGACCGCUGAUGAAACUGGAGCGUAUCGCAGGUAAGCCUGCGUGGUUCUUGAAAGGUAUAGUGAGUUUCGGCACGGAGAAAUGCGGAACGGAGGACGUACCAGGGGUGUACUCUAGGAUUAGUAAAUACAUGGAUUGGGUUCUGGAGAAUAUAGAAGAGUAAGGGGCGAACUGAGAA